AUGUCUUUGAAACUGAUUCCUUGCCAUGUACACAGGUUUGGACCCAUGCAUGCCGUGUCCCCAUCAUGCAUACUACGCCCCCAUAAUAAGCAGACGCUUGUGUCACACGAGAAGCAGCUGGGCAAGCUACAGCAGGCGAACGCGCAGGUGGAGGUGGACGUGGAGAAGGUGCAACGCAGGGAGGCCGUUCUCAAGGAGGUAGCGCUGAUGAAGAAGAAGGUGCCGUGGCUCAAGUACGAGCGCAUGAAGCCGCGCGUGCGGGAGAUGGAGGUAGCGGUGAAGGCGAGGCACAAGGAGAGGGACGACCUGCAGACACAAGUCAUGGCCGCCAGGGAACCCCUCGUGUGA